CUCACUACACCUUUCUACGCACAUCUACGCUCCUUGGGCCAUCUCGACACUACGUCUCUGCCAGAGGAUGCCAGCGCGUGCCCCUUCAGCAAGACCAUCAGCUUAGCGAAUCCGUCGAGUGUCGACUUUCACCCACCAGCUUCACUUGAUCACCUCCUUCCACGCUCGCCAUACCCCCUCCGCGACCGCUGGCGGUCCUGAACCCGUCUGAGAAUGGUGUACGCACCACAACGGCGCCAUGCCGUUGCUUCGUUCUCGACCACGACCCAGGCGCUCGCGCUCAUGCAGCAUCUGUACUCGCCAAACACGAUUGUUCUGAUAUUUCGAGUCGUCACCCAGAUGCACAUUCGGGCGCCGGCCGGCCUCCAGCCUGGCAGGUCACUUCUGGGCCUCUUCGUCAUUGUCAGCCUGCCCAACCUUGCGGCUGCCUUCUUUCACCUAUUGGACUUUGCUGGAGGAAUGAACGGCUCGCAAGGUCUUGUGCUUGAUUUUAUCGGUCAAGCAAACCCAGCAUCACUGGUACGGGUCCUUCUCCUCGACCUGGCCAUCUACAUCCUCCAGGUUGCGACCCUCGUCGUGUGCUACAUUACCAACUACUCAUCAACUCUGGGCAAGUCGGAUGUGUUCCCCUACGACGACUUGCUUCUUCCUCCAAGCCAGCCGACGGCAUUGGCAUCAGACGACCUCGACGUCGAGACAGGUGACCAGUUCCGUCAACGACGGUUUGGAAAGGGCCCUCGCUAUCAAAACGUCUCGGCCGACGCGACAGACGUCUGGCUGGAGGACGAUAGCGCUGAUGCCACCGAAGAGCAGCCCUUGCGUAGGACCCCACGCCCUAGGCUCAGCUCCUUCGGAUCCAGCGCCAUUCGCGGGAGGCGGACCGACGUUCCGCUCAUCUUCACAAUAUCUCUGACGCAUCUGUUCAACCUCCUCUUCCGACUUCCUCCACCAACACCACCACCAAGGCUGUUCUCGGGCGGCACGCCGUUGAACACGCCGCCAGUGACUCCUCGAGCAUCCCAGUCAGGGAUCGCGUCGAUCAGCGCUGCUCUGGCCGCGGCGCAGGCUCGGACCGAGGUGCGCCAGAGCACGGCGGCUCAGCGGCUGGCCGAGACGCAGCGGCUCGCCGCCGAAGGCUCUGCGUCCAACGACGACGGCGACCGGGGCGGCUCUGGCCGCAUACCAGGCGACUAUUGGACCACUAGAGUGCAUGGAUAGGGCAUUGUAUUUCUGCAUGGCAUGCCAGAUUGUUAUCACGGA